GAAGCAAGCCGAGGCGAGGAGUAGCGGAAUAAAAAAGGAAACGAGCAGGGCGCGGAGUGCGCAGGUCGUUAAGUCUGGUAAGCGCGAGCGGCACACGGCACGCGUCCACGCUGUCCUUCGCGCCCUGACGGCUGUCACGUCGCCUCCUCAUCACGACGCCACCGAAGCCCAGCCAAGCCGAGCCAGACCAGACCAAGCCCCACCACCUCGCACGCGAUCAUUUCGCCAGCCCAUCGCCACCGCCCCCCUCCGCUCCCGCGCCUCCUCCUCCCCCGCCUCGUCGUCGUCUGGUCCCGCCCCCUCGCCGCCCCUCUUCUCAGGUAGAAAGAAGUCAAAAGAGAGGUCACUAUGCGCCGGUGGUUUUGCUGCACUCAAUUUCAUGCAUCAUAUCGUGAACAUGAAAAUGAACUUCCCAUCAGCCUGGAUGAGAAAGAAGUUUUUUGUCAUUACAUGGCUAUCAGGAAAUGGUUUUUCUCCCAAAAGUGAUCCCACCAAAGCACCUCCUCCCAUUGAAAUUCCUGAAUUAUCAUUUGAAGAGCUCAAAGAAAAGACUGACAAUUUUGGAUCAAAGGCUUUGGUUGGUGAAGGAUCAUAUGGAAGAGUGUAUUACGCAAUUCUAGACAGCGGAAAACAUGUUGCUGUGAAAAAGCUUGAUGCUUCAACAGACCCUGAAUUUGAUAAUGAGUUUUUGACACAGGUAUCCAUUGCCUCAAAAUUAAAGCAUGAUAAUUUUGUGGAGAUGCUUGGAUACUGUGUGGAAGGAAAUCAGCGUUUAGUGGCCUAUGAAUUUGCUACUAUGGGUUCUCUACAUGAUAUUUUGCAUGGAAGAAAGGGUGUUCCAGGUGCACAGCCUGGCCCAGCACUUGACUGGGUGCAGAGGGUUAAGAUUGCUAUAGAUGCUGCUAAAGGGCUAGCAUAUCUUCAUGAAAUGGUCCAGCCUUCGAUAGUCCACCGGGACAUACGGUCUAGCAAUGUUCUUCUAUUUGAGGACUACAAAGCAAAAAUUGCAGAUUUCAAUCUUUCAAAUCAGUCCCCAGAUAUGGCUGCACGUUUGCAUUCUACUCGUGUCCUUGGAACCUUCGGCUAUCAUGCUCCAGAGUAUGCCAUGACUGGCCAGCUAACUCAGAAAAGUGAUGUAUACAGCUUUGGAGUUGUUCUUUUAGAGCUUCUAACAGGAAGAAAACCAGUAGAUCAUACAAUGCCUAGAGGUCAGCAGAGUUUGGUUACAUGGGCAACACCUCGAUUGACUGAGGAUACGGUGAAACAAUGUGUUGAUCCAAGAUUAAAGGGCGAGUAUCCUCCAAAAGGAGUUGCCAAGCUUGCAGCGGUGGCAGCACUCUGUGUGCAGUACGAAUCUGAGUUCAGACCCAGCAUGAGCAUUGUAUUCAAGGCACUCUCUCCCCUUCUUCAACAUAAACUGCAACCACCACCAGCCGCAGCUCCUUCAGAUGCCUGACGUACUCGGUUCAACAUGAAUGUAAAGAGAUAUCAUUUCCUCAUAGGUUGCUACAAGAGGAGGCUUGCACUUGUUCAUUCCUUUUGCUGUGUGCUGUCCUGCCUUCGUUCGUUGGGCGAUAUGUGCUUGGUUGGACAGAGAUCGUGGCCACCUAAUAAUCGUGUUCUGGAUCUAUAGUGUAACAUGCGAAGGGUCUAACUUUUCAUGGCUUGAUUCUUUUUUGUUUGCCUUUGUCUGAUGUUGAGCUGACCCCUCCACUGUACAUUCUGUUGGUUGCGAGGCUUUUUGUGCUUGCUUAUGCGUGAGAUUGCCCACAUUGUUUUCUUUUCCCGGAAAUACGUUUUCUAACUUCAAUGAGCAUUUGGCAAAAGUGUUUGGUAU